GCAGUCGUCGUUCGUGCGCGUGCAAUUUUUCCCGCACAGUCCGCCGCUAGCUCGGCUAUGGCUGCUAGCUAGUUGUAGGCUCGACGACGACGACCGUAUGAAGCUAGCUGGAUGACAGGACGCCGGCCUCCACCUCUAAUUAGCCCGGCAAAUUCGCGCGCGGCCGUGCCCCGGCUGUCCCCAGUGCUCCGAUUAGGACCAGAGCGCCCCGCCCUGUGCGCCGAGUGUGAUUGAUGCUAAUACUCGAGCUCGUUCAUUAGUGCCGUGGUUGCAGCUUGAUUUGGACGGAGGAGAGAGAGAGGGAUGGACAGAGAGAGAAAAGAGGAACGGGGAUGGGAUGGGUGCGUGUGCUUUCAUCUUUUCACUUUGUUCCGUCUUAGGUCCUCUUUGGCACGGCUUAUUUCGGCUUUGGCUUCAUCUAUUUCACGUAAAUCGAGACACUGUAGCGUGAAGCCGUUUUGUAAGCCGGGACUAAAAUGAACUAGAAGCCGGGUGAAGCCAGUUUUUUUAGCUUCACCGACUUUGGCUUCACCGGUGAAGCCGUUUUGAGAUAAGCCGUGCCAAAGGGGGCCUUAUUCUUACCAAGACGCAGCAGAGGUCUUUUCAGUUUUACUACUAGUGUUAUUAACCUGUGUGGUAACUAGUACUACUGCUGAUCUGCGUGGUAGUUAACGAGAGAGCUAGCUUAGAUCAGUAGCUAGUAGCAUGCGUGGUGUGUAGGGGGUAAUUAUGUGUGUGGUGUAGGUGAGCUUAACGCGGCCAUUUUUGAAGUCGUGGCUGCUGCUCGCUAGCUGCUUUUGGCGAGGACUACGGACCGGGGCGCUGUCACGUGCGGGGCACGUUGGUUGGAGUGGGGCGGUGCCUCGUGAGGCAUAAACAAAUCCCCGCGCGUCAGUGGGGUUAAUUGCCGGAUCAAUCUGUGAUUAACAAAUCCCAGAUUAUGCUACGCUACGCUCACAGCCAGAUGCUACACAGCAGCGCUUGUCAGCAGCAGCAAUUUCUUCGGUUUGAGAGGAUUGGUAAAACUUGUAGUUUAAAGAGAGGAGCGAGAGGCAUCGUCAGACAUGCGUGUCACGACGUUACCUUGUCUCUGCGUGCCUGUGUGUUUCGGCUGAUGGGAAAGGUGGCCUCUGAUAAAUGUCACAAAUGGGUCUUCAAGGAACCUUCUGAAUGCGAGCCCAACAUCUCCAACUACUGGCAGAGCUCUUUCGACGCACUUCCUCCCGAAUGGACCGAUCAGUUCGCAUCAGGCAUCCAGACCAUAGCUGUGAUCCAAGCGGGGCAUGGCCUCCUGCAGCUGGGUUCUUGCAAGAUUAUACCCGAGGACCUGCACUUCGUGCUGCGGAUGCGACACAUGUUCGAGUCGCUGGGCUACCAGUCGGGCUUCUUCCUCUCCCAGCUCUUCUCCUCCUCGCGGGGGGCCUCGCCGACGCCGCCGUUCCCGCUCAAGCAGCCGGCGCCGGCUGCCGCGCGCCCCCCGCCGCAGCUCUUCAACUGGCCGGGCCACCAGCCGCCGCAGCUCCCGCCGGCCGCGGGCGCGUCGCCGCUCUUCCCGCCAGGCCCCGCGGCCGCGUUCCACCCGUCGGCCGCGCGCCCGAUGCCGCCGUUCCCUGGCGGCAAGCAGGACGAGGGCCACAUGUUCCACCUCCCGCCAGCGCACCAUGGCGGCGGCAAGCCGCCGCACAUGGACGAGCAGCACCAGCAGCAGGCGAUGGGGCCGGGCGGCGGGGAGGCUCCCGACGGCGACCUCCGGUGGCCUAACGGGCUGUCCUUCUUCACCGCCCUCACCGGGCGCGCGGACGACGCGAAGCUGCUGUUCGGCGGCCCCGGUGGAGGCGGAGGCGGCGCGGACGAGGAGAAGGCAGCGCCGGACGCCGCACAGGGCGGGGCCGAGAACGUGGAGGAGUACCUCAGCCUGGAGAGCCACUCGAACAAGGCGAGGAGGGUGGAGAGCGCCGCCCAGAGCACCAAGUUCAAGAGGAGCUUCACGUUGCCCGCGCGGAUGAGCUCGCCGGCGUCGACGUCCCCGUCCGUGUCGGCCUCCACGGCACCGCCGCCGCCGCAGCAGCAGCAGCAAGGGAUGGAGUACCGAGGCCCGCACGAGGGCGGCGUCUACUCGGACCUGAUGGAGACGUUCUUGGAGUAGCCGUUCGUAGCCCUCGCUCGUCCGUAGCACGCAUCACGAUCGAUCGGUUCAAGAUCACUACGACAAGUGCACGUUUUGUUUCAUUCUCUCCCUGCUCCCAACCUAUGUUUUACGUUUGGAGUUUUAAUCGCAUAUGUUUAAUUAGAUUUUUAUUUUCUCCGUUUCUUUUCCUCGUGUACGUCUUCCUCUUCUUCUAGCAGUAGUUGUAGCAGCUCGAUCGUAAUGCAGAAAAACCUUGAUGGAUA